AUGGGUAACAUGGCGGGACGUUUCAAGGCCGAUCAGCCACCUCGAGGCCAACCCAUUUUUUUUGGCUCCGUGGUCAAGCGCGGCUGGGUGAAAAAGUCGUGGCAGGUUCGUUUCAUGGAAGCCUACCCUUCUGGCCUGUACUACUAUCGUACCGAUUCGGCCGAACUGCCCGAAGAUGCUUUGGGGGCACCCAUCGCCCCAGCCGGCUUCAUUCCGGUGAGCGAGAUUGUUUGUGUCAUCAAACCCAAGAACAUGGAGCGCAUCCCAAACAUCAACUGGCCCAUGAAGAAGCACGAUCAAGCGCAAUUGACCAACUGUCGCUGGGGUGUGGAAACCUCCAUACGCAAAUUUUACUUUGUCUCUCCUACCGUUGAGGCUUGCAACGAAUGGAUUGAGAUUGUUUCCACCCUCCUGGGUCAACAAAGAGCGGACCCCACCUCGGCUGGCCUGGCACGCAACGUUGAGUCAGAUAACGAUGAUGACGAGGGCAAUGAUACUGAUGACGAGCUUGUCGACAUGUCCAGUGGCCACCACCAACCACCAACUCAAGCAUCGCACUCGUGA